AUGUCGGAGCACUUUCUGUGGCGUGUAGAUUACGAUCCAAAACGGGGCCGUCUGCUCCGAGCAACUCGUGAUGUGAAGACGGGACAAUGUGUACUUCGUGAACGUGCGUACGGUAACGUCGUUCUAUCGACAAACCGUGCAGCUCUUUGUGCCGUAUGUCUACACACUGCUGCCGCUGAUAUUUGCUGUGACGAUUGCUCUACGGUUUUUUUCUGCAGUGAAAAAUGUCGAGGAGCUCUACAAGACGUACACGAGAAAGAAUGCGAGGCAUUGGAAGAGGUGGACUUGACAGCAGCCAAGACCAAGACAGACGUAGACUUGCUGCGUCUUUUGAUUCGAAUCUUGGCUGCUCGCUCGCUCGACGCUGCGGACGGCAAACUACACGCGGAUGAUGAAGGAAUUGUGAAAGCUAGUUAUGCCAAUGUGAAAGACCUGGUGCAUGUGCUGGACAAGGAAGGACGAUCUGUGGGUGGACCACUGGAAGAAGUUGUUGUUAUUGCUGCCCAGAUCAAUGAGAACUCGUAUGCGCUGGAUGCAUUAGAUGAGAAGCAUUUGGUUGCAGCGGUUGGACUGUUUGCAAUUUGUGGGUUGGUAAAUCAUAGUUGCCAACCGAAUUGCACGUGGUCAAAUGCUGGAGACAGCAUCAUGGAAGUGCGAGCACUGCGUGAUAUUAACGAGGGUGAAGAGUUUACGCUGAGCUAUAUUGACAUUGAUGUGGAGCGUGACGAACGACGCGAGGAGCUGCGAAAAACCAAGCACUUUGAGUGUCGGUGUGAACGGUGCGCAGCGCCACUGAGCGAGUCGAUUGACCGAUUCUUAGAAGGCUUCUGUUGCCCCACCUGCUCUUCGAAGGCUGUUGGAGAAAACGAGUGUUUGCUUGUUCAAGUGGAAGACAAACUUUUAUGUCCAAACUGCCAGUUUGAUGUCCCGAAAACUGUCAUCGCUUCAGCGAUCCUGACGGUGAGAGCAAAGCUCGCUAACGCAAAGCAGUAUCUUAACCAGUUCAGAUACGCAAACGUCGUGGCCGAGCUUGGAAAUGUUCUUAGAGGCGUUAACGUGAACGGUCAAGUGAUCCCUUUCCAUCUCAGCCACAGCGUUGCAAUUGCAAUGACACGUGUGCUAUCGGAUGCCCAGCUCAAGUUGGGCAAUGUUGUCGAAGCAUACAAAUUUCGUCGGCGGCUGCUGAAAGCUCUUCAGCUCGUGUCCUGGCGGUACCAUCUACCACUCGCGCUUGCCCAUUUUGACUACGCAGAAGCCCUGCGUCGCAUGCUGGUGGACUCCACGACUCCGGUUUGUGAGAACUUGGACCGUGAUGAACUGCAGCGAGAGAUGCGAGCUUCGUACCAAGCUUUCAGCGACAUUUGUGCCGUUUGUCUUGGGAAGCCUCAUCCGUUACGGCACCGUGCUGUUGCCAGUCUAAAGUACUGA